AUGGAGGAGUCCACCAAAUCUUCUGAUCAGCACCGACGAGACCAUCGUCGAGGAACGGAAUUCGGGGACGACGAGUGCAGCACCGACAGCGGGUGCAGCAGUGGAGGUAGCACGGGAAGCGCAGAGAGAUUAUCUCGUCGAGGAAGUGGUGAACGGCUCUGCGGAGGUGGUAGAUCUCCACGAGGUCAUUGCUAUCUGGACCGUCUUCGAGAUCGACCAACGACGACGAGGUCGCAGGAGAGGCUGUCCAGGACGCCGAGAAAUGGGGAGCGGUCCAGAGCAAAGUCUUCCAGGUCGUGGAGUCCUGGUGACGCCAGGGCAACCCCCAGAGUGGAGUCGCCAUCCCAUUCCCCGAGUCCUUCGGACGCGCACAGCAGCAACGACAGCGAUUCCCUGAAGAGGCCCUCCACCACGGAGACCCUCCGCAGGGUGUUUCAGAGCCUGAAGAUCUCCUCCAAGUGGGAGGCCAAGGGGAAAAAACACGCCAAGAAGAGCAUCCUCAGGAGCCCGGUGUCCUAUACGUAUGUGAGGGGUCUUUCCGGUCUGCCGACCCAGCGGGUGCCUAGAAGUGCCGCUCAGCAGAUCGCCAUGCCCAAGGCUUGCCAGGACUCCGUCGGGCUUUAUCGAUAG